CUACUACUACUACUACUACUACUAGUGUUUACGUACCUGCCGCCAUUCGGCUGUUAAACUUUGUCAGUUGCCAAAAUGAAGGACAUCAGACCAUCAACGAACCAAUCCCGUCGGCACCUCUCCACGGGAUGUUGUGGUCCAACACCGUUGCCAACCCCCCACAGGGAUGAGGAGCCGACAAAAUUUGCCGUCGGCAUCCCUAACUAUCCAGACUUGCCUGAGUUCGUGUAUAUAGACCCUCGACGUCCUCGCUAUGUUCGCUCUUUCAUUCAUCCAGUCCACCUUCCUCGCAACUCCCCUCUGAACUGUCUUCUUGACAUCUAUCUACCUACACAUCCUACACAAUGUCUUCCACUCGCCAGUUCGACCCCAACUUCACUCCCUAUGUGAUCAACUCCAUGGGACCCAAGACCCCCGAGCGCACUCGUGUGCUCCUGGGCGCCCUCAUUAAGCACAUCCACGAUUUCGCCCGUGAGGUCGAGCUCACCCCCGCCGAAUGGAUGCUGGGUGUCGAGUUCAUCAACUCCAUCGGCAAGAUCAGCACUCCCAUCCGGAACGAGUGCCACCGUAUCUGCGAUGUGAUCGGCCUGGAAUCCCUUGUCGAUGAGAUCGCCAACAAGAUCGUCACCGAAGACGGUGUCUCCCCCACCUCCAACGUCAUCCUCGGCCCCUUCUGGUCUCCCAAUGCUCCCUUCCGCGAGCUCGGCGACAGCAUCAUCCAGGAUCCCAACCCUAACGGCAAGGUCACCUUCAUGCACGGUGUCCUCAAGGACAUGGAGACCGGCAAGCCCAUCGAGGGUGCCGUCCUCGACAUCUGGCAAGCCUCCGCCAACGGCCAGUACGACUUCCAGGACCCCAACCAGACCGAGAACAACCUGCGCGGCAAGUUCCGCUCCAACGAGAAGGGCGAGUUCUGGUGGUACUGCUACCACCCCACCCCUUACUCUCUCCCCACCGACGGCCCCGCUGGUGUGCUCCUCAACCUUAUGGACCGCUCCCCCAUGCGUCCCGCUCACAUCCAUCUCAUGAUCACCCACCCCGACUACGCCACCGUCAUCAACCAGAUCUACCCCAGCGAUGACCCUCAUCUUGACAUCGACUCCGUCUUCGCCGUCAAGGAUGACCUUGUCGUGGACUUCAAGCCCAAGACCGACGACCCCAAGGCCGACCUCGACCUUGAGUACAAUGUCACACUGGCCCUCAAGAAGCACCACCCCAACCCCAACUCCGCGCCCCCUGUGUCCUCCUUCGAGCGCUUCAACAAGAGCCAGGGCAAGCUGUAAACAGCUCCACCGGAUCGUCUUUUAAUGAUUUUGAUGUAUAGUACAGCAUUUUCUUUUAUAUUUGGAACUUCAGCGAGUUUUCAGUGUUCUACAGAUGGGCAAGUGAUGCAUGACUUAUAUUCGGAUGUUGCUUAACGGGUGACGCCGGCGUCGCUAGGGGUUAUGUCGGUAGUGGAGGAUGAGGACGUUUAGAAGAAAAAUUUCCCCCAUGAGCUUUGCUCGGGCCUUUACGGUGAUCAUUGUAUAUAAGGGGAUUCUUAUAUAUAUCCUUGUUCAAUUGCAUUGCAUCUUCAAAA